GUCUCCUAGCAACGCCGACCCCGCCCGCCAUGGCGCCGGAGGAGCGCACCGAGGCCGCGGCCCUGCUGCGGAGUUUCGAGCGCCGCUUCCUGGCGGCGCGCGCGCUGCGCUCUUUCCCCUGGCAGAGCCUAGAAGAGAAACUGAGGGGUUCAUCAGAUUCUGAGCAGCUGCUAGUGGAUAUUUUACAGAAGACUGUGCAACACCCCAUAUGUGCAAGGCACCCACCGUCUAAAAAGUAUACCCAGAGCUUUGUCUUGGAACUCAUCAGAAAGCACGAAGCUGUGCACACAGAGCCUUCGGAUGAGCUGUACGAGGCCCUGGCAGAGGUCCUGACAGCCGAGGAGCCCUCCCAGUGCCACCGGAGCUAUGUGUUGCCAUCAGGGGCCGUGGUCACUCUUGCCGAGAGCACAGCGAUAGUGUCCCACGGCACCACAGGUCUGGUCACGUGGGACGCCGCCCUCUACCUCGCAGAGUGGGCCAUCAAGAACCCAGCAGCCUUUGCUCACAGGACUGUCCUCGAGCUCGGCAGCGGGGCUGGCCUCACAGGCCUGGCCAUCUGCAAGUCGUGCCACCCCCGAGCCUACAUCUUCAGUGACUGCCACUGCCGAGUGCUCCAGCAGCUCCGGGAGAAUGUGGCUCUCAAUGGCUUCUCACUGCAGCCAGAGCCCCGCGCGGACACACAGAGGCCCUUGGUGACUGUGGCUCAGCUGGACUGGGACACUGCCACCACCCCCGAGCUUGCUGCCAUCCAGCCGGACAUCAUCAUCGCAGCCGACGUGCUGUACUGCCCGGAAGUGACCCGCUCACUGGUCAAGGUUCUGCACAGGCUCUCCAUCUGCCUGAAGGACCGAGUGCCUGACGUCUACGUGGCCUUCACCAUGCGCAACCCCGACACAUACCAGCUGUUCACCAUUGAGCUCGGCCGUGCUGAGAUCAGCUGGGAGACAGUUCCUCCUCACAACCGGAAGCUGUUCCCCUACGAGGAGGGCUCAGAGACGGCCAUGCUGAGGCUUAGGCUGGAGCACCAGCACCGGGAAGCUUGGUCUCCAUCACCACAGGGGCUUUGCACAGAAGCGGAACCAGUGAGCUGCACUGCCCUUCACCAUGUGAAGAGUUAAAUUCCAAGUCAGAAGCACAAACGGUCCUGGGAAAAGGCAGAUGGCAUGAAUGAGUGCUGCUUCCACACCGACUUGCAGGAUACGUCCUUCGGUGUAAACAAACAUGUAUUUACCAAAUGUGUUCCCGCCUGUGCACUCUGCACUCACAGCUCCUGGUCCCACAGCAGGACACAAGCCCACAAUCUCAGGUCUGGGAUCUGGGCGAGCAGAGCAGCUCCUGGGUCAAUGCCGGAGGCUGUCUGCUGCCGUCCUUCUGGCCUCUGGCCGAUGGGGGACACUCAAAGACAGGUGCCUCCAGGCCCCAGGCAGGCAGGUAGGUCCAGGGCAACCCUGCCCAGCAGGGUCACCCUUCCAUCACCAAGGGGAACACAGUCUGCCGCCAGCUCUCAUCCCACCGGAGCUGCUCUGUGCCCCUCAGGUUCUCGCGGAACUGCUGCAGUUUGCCAGUGGAGUCAGGAAACUUGGAGAAAAGCAUCUGCAGGAAAAGUACAGAGCACAGAUCAGUACCUCAGGUCCUCACACCAUUGUUCCCGUCGACCCAGUAGUGCUCCUAACUAUUCCCCCGCCCCCCACUCCAUCACAGGGUGCUGGAGAGCCACAGCCCCUGCUCUGGAGGGGCUCUCCCUCUCCCCCACUCCUGGGCCCAACCAGCCAACUGCAGGGGAAGAGGAAGUGGGGGUCUGUGUGGGUCCACUUGUUUUUAUAAAUAAAGUUUUAUUUACAAAUCCCCUAUGUGCACAGAUGGGUCAAUGGCUGCUUUUACAUAACAGCAGAAGGGCAAACAAAGUCUAUUCAACUCAGGAUCCAUGGGGCUGGGGAUGCGGCACAGGGCUCCAGCACCUCCUAGUGAAUGCAAGGCAGGAGGGCCAAGUUCCAUCUCUAGUACUAUAUAAGCAAACCUCUUCC